AUGCUCAACAUCACAAUCUUCUCCAAAUCCACGCCUCACACCCUCCGUGCGAUAUCUCUUGCUACAUUCCCACCAGCUUUCAUCAUACUCCUCACCCAAGGCAUCAUCUCUCAGCAGGCAAACCCGGCUAUUGGGCUCGUGCCGCUCUUCUUCUCUUCAGCGUAUGCUGCCCUUUUGCUGUCUAACGAGAAACGAUGCGGGUGUCGAGCAGGUGGCCUCACUGGUACGCCCUUCCACUUUAUCCUUGACUUCCUGAUCGGAACAGCGUUGCUGGUCUGUCUGAUUCUUUCUUGGGUCUUCAUGGGAAUGGGCCGCAGACGUCUCCGGGGCGUAGUGCUGGGAACGUACGGGACAAACUUCUUUAUCUGCAAUUUCCUGAUUCACCUCUACUUUGUAUACAGUCAGCUCAGGGAAGCCAUCCAGGGUGGUCAGGCUUUUCCGACGAGCUGCCCGCAGUGUCAGAGUGGUUCGAUCUCGUUUUCGAUUGGAGGGUUCCAAUUUGGGCGGAACUACCAGUUCGGCUCUGGGUCGAAGACGGGUAAAAGCAGCGGGUACGCACCACUCCUGGAUGGAGAGGGAGCGCCAAACAACAGUGCUGGUGAGACGGCAACCAGCGGGGAAAGCAUGGUGUAG